AUGAACUCCCAAACGGACUUUACCGAUAUCGUGAAUAACUUUCCCGGACUCCCGCCUUUUCCGGACGAUGUUCCCACAGCACCACUUCUUCGACUAUCGUUGGGUAAGCUGCUGGCUGGAGAUACUGCCGAGCUUGAACGACUCUUUGAAGCCUCAGUAGACAUCGGGUUCUUCUACCUGGAUCUUCAGGAUUCCGAACACGGAACCUCCUCCCUUACUGAUGCCGAUGGUUUGUUCCUGGUUGGAGAAAGACUCUUCGAAUUGAGUCUUGAGGAGAAGAAGAAAUACGACUUCAGUGCGCAAAACUCGUACUUUGGGUACAAGGGCCAAGGUGUUGCGGUAGUUGAUAAACAAGGAAACCUGGACAGAAAUGAAUUUUAUAAUAUAUCCAAAGACGACAUCAUGGGCAUUAGUGAUCGACUUCCAACACCAGAAGUAUUGCAUCAAAGCCGAGACCUGACGAAAUCCUUUAUGCAAGGCUCCCAUGCAAUUGUCAACCUGAUAUUGAACAUCCUCAACGACAAACUAUCACUGCCCAAGGGCACACUAUCCAACCUCCAUCGCCUACAGGCUGUGAGUGGUGACCAAGUACGCUUCAUCAAGGCACCACCACAGCCAGUCGACGACCGCCGCACCGCACUAGGCCAACAUACAGAUUUUGGCAGCGUGACAGUCCUUUUCAACCGUCUGGGUGGACUGCAGGUGCUACCUCCCGGUGCCGAUGCAGAAUGGGUAUAUGUGAGACCGCUUCCAGGGCAUGCAAUUGUUAAUCUAGGCGAUGCAAUGGUGAAAUUCACCAAUGGCCUGUUUCGAUCGAAUAUCCAUCGAGUUGCUGCACCACCGGGUGUUCAAGGGGAUUCGACACGUUAUAGUUUGGUGUAUUUUGCAAGGCCUGAGGACGAUGUGAUGCUUCGACGAUUGGAGGGAUCGGAUCUUAUUCCUCCGAUUGAGGGGGAUCAGGUUGAGGAGGAGAUUAAUAGCAAAGACUGGAUUAUUCGUCGGGCGUUGGGACGUCGUGUGGACCUCGUCAAGGAUAUUGACUAUGAGAAGUCUGCUGGGACGGAGCAGAUGAGUCGAAGGAUCAAGGUUUAG